AUGUCUGUUUACAGUAAUUCCGAUUCAGCCAAUAUUGUGUUAAUUGUGGUCCAUUCCGUACUCACAAUCGUAAACAUUGCAGGAAACUUUUUGGUCUGUAUCAUCAUUAUAAAGAAUCGAGACAUGAGGUAGGCUUUGAGAUUGAAAAGAAUCUAAAUCUAAUUAAAGUAACUUAUUAAGAAGUAACUAUUGUAGAAAAAAUGUGAGCCAAGAAAACAUCAGCAUUUUCUGUUAAUAUCUUAUUAUUAUUAUUAUUAUUAUUAUUAUUAUUAUUAUUAUUAUCAUUAUACUAUUGUAUAUCCAGAAAAGAGACUUUAAAAGCUUCAUUAAAGGGGCUAUGUCACCAAGGUAUGUUUUUAAGGUCAAUUCUGAGCUGUCUUCAUUCAUACAACAUAAAUUUACAUAAUUAAUGCUGCUAUGGACUUAUGAAGAAGAUAUCAAACAAAUUUCAUUAGGGAGCACUAACCAUAAUAAUUUUUUGGCGUUUUUUGUUGGCUCAGCAUUAAGACUUGAAAAGGUUUGCCCAACUUGAAUAAACUUCAAAAUCGUUCAAACUAUUAGUCGUAGUGACAGGUACGUCAACAUUGACAUUACCAUUGCAACCGAGUUUUGACAUCCAUUUUAAAAUUUCCAAUAAAAAAGGUUUGCACAAUUCUCUGAUAUUACAUUAAUUUAGCAUUAUUUUAUUCCAUUUUUUUUAGCUGUCAAUGUAAUCUAGCCUCUUUGGUGGAUGGUUUUUGUUCUUUCUUUUAUGAUUCUACCAUACACCUUACUCUAUUUAAAAUCAUUUCGUCCGUGAACAUAUAUUUCCGCGAUAUUUGCAACUGUCGACUUGUGUCUUUUUAUUCCAUUCGAUGUAUUUUAUCGAUUUUCUACUUACCUUUUAAAUUCUAAACAUAUUUUUACCAUCGUUAUAGAUUUCUUGUCCGCAACUGAACGCCCAGAUAACUUAUCGGGUGGAGAUCUGGCCCCAUCGAAACUGUUUUAUUUUUCGUAUAUUUUCCAUAGCCUAUUGUCAAUUAAUUAACUGUCAUGAUCAAUGUUUAUUACACCGACAGGAAUCUACUCGACUAUCUUCUUCUGAAUUUGGCCAUCGCAGACAGCUCAACUGUUAUAUUUUUAUCACCCAAGUACAUUUUUUCCCACGCCUUCUCACAUCCAGAAGGAUCAUUGGGCGACGCCCUGUGCAUAGCGGUGACUGGUGGAAACAUUGGAUGGGUUGGCGCCGUCACCAGUGUAUUUUGUUUGGUUGCCAUAGCUGCUGAACGAUACUACGCCGUGGUUCAUCCAAUUAAAUACGUGGCAAGGCCGCUUCGUAAACGUAAUUUGAAGGUGCGAUUACUUCAAUUUAUUGCCCCCGCAGGGAUUUCGCCCAGAAGGCGAAAUCCCGAGGAGGCACUCUAGUAACUCGCGCGUAUAUUAAGGAAAGUACUUACAGUUGAAAUAUACAGUCAGUAUGCCAGAAAAAAUCUCUAUUUGCUUGAACAGGCGCCGCGAGGAAUUGGUAGGUAAUGAUGACCUUUCUAUUGUUUGCACCCGCAAGUACGAAAUGGUUAGGAUGACGUAAAGACAGAAAAUCCCGAAGGGACCGCUUAGGUAGAUUUUGUGACAUUGAUUGUGCAGUCACACUUCGAUACUCUUUUGCGUUACGUGUUAUCAGUGACAUUCUUUGGAGCAGUUGUUUUGAAAGUUAUUGACCAAAAGACACUCGUUAAGCGCAGAUGAAGUUAUAAGGUGCAUAUAACUGUCUAUAUGUAACCACUUGGAGAGUUUGCAGGACACGCACGAGUUCACAAGUCUUUGAAUGGAAACCUUGCCAGACACUCUUUCUCUCUCUUUGACCGGAAUAAGACUCAGCCCUAAACAGGCAAGACGAGUGAACAACUGCUAGCUUAUCACUAGCAGAACGAUGGACGAUUGCAGAAAUUCGCCGACAAUCAAAUUCUGUGCUGACUUAUUCCCUGCUCACUGAUGUCCUUCCGUUAGAAAGUGUAAAAUAAGACAAGAAUGCCCGAGCGUGAAUUGGUCAAACGUCGUUUUAAUUUUUAAGGCUUACUUUCCGGCAAAUAAAAUGAACUGAAUGCAAAAAGUGAAAUAGAAAUAGCGAAAAAUUCAACUUCUAAUUAAAUCUUUUCUUAUGGUUUAGAAUAAACUAUUCUCGAAACUGAGAAUGUUUUGAUAAAAGCUGUCUAAAUCGAACUGAACAGUGUGCAUGAAACCUUGCGUUUCCUGUAUUUAUCUAAGACAAUAUUGACCGACAAUAUUGCUGGUUUUCAGUGUCACGCCUUUCAAAAUAGAUCAAAAUAAAAAUCAAAACCGUUUAAUAGAUAAAGUCCAGAAUCUGGGAAAUGAAAGGAGGUACGUAUACAAAGACCCUCGCCAAGAUUCGGGUCAGAGGAAUAUUUCGUAUACGAGAUAUCCAAAGAAAUGUUUUACCCACACUUAUAGAGAUUUGUAUGGAGACGCCAUGCUGGUGCUCACCUGGAUGAGCUCCAACAUGGCGGAGGGAAACCAACAGAAACAUCUGUUACCGAGUUUUGCUACAAAAGCGUGUGUUUAUUCUUCAAGAAACUCAUAAACAUUAAAGUAAUACUUUUUCUACUGCAUGAACUGUUUAGAUAGCAAAAUUUCCUGAAAUAAGUCUUUUUUUUAACCUACAUGACAGCUCUCUUGGCCGUCAUUUGAAUGCCGCGUCACACAAAAGCUUGGAAAUUCAAGCGUACACUAUCACAAAACCAAGAACCCUUUUGAAGCGAAAAUUUGUAUGAAAAUCAGUUUUCAGCUGCUCUAAUGCAUCGUGAAAGUAAAAUCUCGGUAAGAUUGAUAGUUUUUUAGUUUGAAUUUUAGUGACGUCAUGUGAAAACCAACCAUGUGAAAUGUGUCAUGUGAAUGUGUCAUGUGUCAUGUGAAAAACAACAGAGCGGGGGCAGCUGUAGUGUCAGCUAUUACCAGCCGUAAAUAUAGUACUCGCAAUGUGUUUUCGCAUUUACUGAGAGUAAACAAUUACUUCUGAAAAUUUUGGUGUAUGGCAGAUUUAGAGUGCCCCCCAUCCCAUCAGCCCCCUGGAAACCAAACCAUAUUUAACCCUUGUUUUUUUUAUAUCAAAACAGGUGAUAAUUACUUGCACGUGGAUUCUUGGGGUGAUCUUCAAUAUUCCAGCGUUUAUAUACAGGAGAUAUAACGAGGAAAGGAAAUACUGCAUCAACACGUGGCCAAGUGUGUGGGUCGGCAAGGCCUACAGUCUAAGUUGGCUUUUGCUCGCAGUUCUCUCAACUUCCCUUAUGGCCGUGCUAUACUUUCGUGUGGCGUAUACGAUGUGGUUCAAAAAGGAAGAACAUCGUAGAGAAAGCAAUCUGCGACAGAGGGUAAGAUGAUCUAAAACUUAACCGUGUUAACGGGUAUUACAGGUCAAGCGUAUCCCCCAAGAUUCCAUUAAUAUUGUCCAAUUCCCUGAAUGUGACGUAAAUGUCUUCGAAGCCGAUUUUAUCUAUUCAAAGAUUUUCAAUCUGACCAAAUACAGAGAAGUUAUCGUAAAAUAUUCACUGCUUAUUACGCAUGCAGGAAUGCCGACUUGAAUUUGACACCAAAUACGGGAACAACUAACGGAUUGAUUUUUCAGAUAAUCAAUUCAUUAAUAGAAUGUUGAGGGGGUACGCUUGAUCAGCCUUGACUGCAACUAGCACUCCAUAUAACUCACCGUAUAGUCGCCCUUAAAUUAGAAGGGCUAGAGUAAUGUUUAUUACCUAAUCGGCUCCUGUUAUUUCCUAUGAAUAACAAGUCCUGCGUGGUGAAUGACAUUACACGACAUAAUUUAUUAUCUGGACUAUAUCAUGAUGUCUCCCCAUGUAUGGUAAUACUCUGGAAUCCAGGACAUUUUUGCUUGUGGAAUCUGGAAGCCAGGGCUUUGGAAUCUGGAGUUCACUUCAAGGAGUAUAUCCUGAAUACCGCUAACGACUGAAAUUAAUCCGAAAUCCAAGUUCCACAGACAUCCGAAAUCAAGUACCUGGAAUCCGGAAUCCACAGCUUGGAAUCCAGAAUCCAAGGCUGUCUUCACUCGGAUUUCUUUACAUGGGGCGAAUGAUGUGCAAACCGCUAACAUGAAGUAACUGCGAAUUCCUGUGGCUGCUCUAACUCUGUCUUUAGUUAAUUAAUAGUAAUAACUUUUUAAAUGGUAUCGAUGUUUUCUUGACUUAAAAAUAGCUCUCUAGAGAGAGAAUGUUUUACAGUUCAGUGUUAUGUUAUGUCUGCUGUGCACUUCCGAUUUUAUUUUAGCAAAACGUAACUAAGCCCGCAAUCCUUAUCUCCAGCGGAUCGGCUUGCUAUGUCAUAUAAGCAUUAAAAAGGACCCUUGUUUUGUCGAAGAUAUAAAGCAUGAUAUCUUGCAUCGAAGACGCAAAAGUCAAACCUUUUUUGCAAUAUUAUUUUCACUAGAAAAAAGAAAAUUGAUAUCAUGACAAUCAACAACUAGAGCGUAAUAGACUAUCCUUGUUAUAGCAUUUUGUAUCUGGCCUACGUGGAGGGUGGGGGCUUAUCCUUUAUCUUACUUACGGAAAUUACGGAUAUACGAAACGACUUCAUAGUGUUUUGGACAUAUUGAAUUCUGCAAGCAGAAUACUGCAGUGCUGAUCGUACUACGUGAAAAUUAACUCUUCAAGGCAUCAACACCAAACCGAAAGAACUCAAAACAGAGCGGGAUUGUAGCCAUAGACAGCUGUUUCGCCCUCUUUGGGGCUCGUGGUAUGGCGUGAUUCUGUGGGUGUUGAGAGUUCUAGGUCAGGGCUUAAAUCAGAGUGCGGGGACAUUUUUCAUCAGAGCUUUCUUUGGUUGUUACGCCAUACUGACGAGCCCCAAAUGAUAGGGGGAAACAGCUGUCUAUGGCUACAAUCCCGCUCUGUUUUUUAUUGAGUUCUUUCAGUGUAGUGUUGAUGUCUUGCAGAGUUAAUUUUCACGUGGUACGAUCAGCACUGCAGUAUUCUGCUUGCAGAAUUUAAUAUGUCUAGUUUUCAUUUUUUCUGAUCAGGUCUUUAUAGAUCCUACAUUCGUCGGCAUAUUCGUUUGCGGUCCUUUGCAGUCCCUUUUGGUUAAUGUUUGUACUUCACAGUGUUUUACCGUUUUUAAUAGUGUUUAUAUUAUGUUUGUGCUAACAGGCUGUUCCGAGGAUGCGAAAACGAGCCACCUUAAUGGUAAUGCUUGUCAGCCUCGUCUUUGGAAUAUGUUGGGUGACUGACCGGACCAAUUACGUGAUAGUGCAUUUUUAUUCCCCUUCGGAUGCAUUCUUCUCACUCGCGGCGUCAAACACGCUGGUUUUGAUCAAUUCAACUAUCAAUCCAAUUGUGUAUGCAUUGGUCAACCAUCGUUUCAGGGAAAAAGCGAGGAUGAUGCUACGACGCAUUUGCUGCCCCAUUUCUAACACAGCGCUUCCUGGCGCGGAUGGACCGCAAGUGAUGGCCCUUCAGCAACGUAGGACAGGAGGCAUCCCAGAACAACAUUCAAGGCUACCUUCGAUCACUGACAAUACGCAAUCUUCUAUCACUGAACCACCUUUCUACUCCAUGUGA